UCUAUCUUUGCUUAAAUUUGUGAGAGCACAUGAUAGUCCUUUGGACAUAUUAUGUCUUACCUUCUUGGUGAGUAUGUUUUUUUUCCCAAGAUCUUGAGGUCCUAUUGUACCCGAGAGAUGUAAGACUCCACAAUGUCAUAUUUUUUUGGGAGGUAUAUAGUUGCUUGGAGGUUUACAGCUUUUAAUGCGGUCUUGGAAAGGAGAUGGAGCAUUGUUAUUCCUGGUGGUCCAGGUGGGUCUUUCAAUUUCAAUAUAUGCUUGUAGUCUAAUUGAUAUGAAGAAUCUGGGCAUUUCCUUGUCUAGUAGGUACGGGUUAGUGAAGUUGCUUGAUAUGAAUCCUAAACCUAAAUUCAAUGCAGACAUUUCGUCAGUCAUUAGGGAUUUCUCGGAUAGAUUGAUUACGAGAUUGUCAAUAUCUUCUAUGUUUUCAUUAGUAUUUAUAUCUGGUCCCUGUUGGUGGAUCUGGUCCUGAUGGGUUCUCUCGAUUGUUGAUAGUAGCCUUGUCCUCCUCUUGUGUUUCUUCCCCGCCCUCCUUUGCGGCCUCUUCGUCUGGUUCUCACAGAAUCUAUGUCUAGAAAAUAAAUUUCACCACUGACGCUGGAAGAGCCCGAUUUUCUAAUGGCGGCUAGUCCUGGUGUUGGGUAGUUCUGACAUACAGUGUGGUACACUUGAUUGUUGGCGUAAUCUUGUACGUUUCUCUGGAACUUGGAUCUCUUACGGUCCUCAAGGUUACGUCUGAAAAAAUUUCUUUUUGUGAGAUGUUUUUUCUGAUAGUUGUAGUUUCUUCUGUGGAUAGUGCGUGCAAUAAGCUCUGUUCAAGUGUACUAAUUUCUUCUUUAGUUUUCUUGAUUUCUGCACGGACACGUUCAAGGAUGCGUAGGAUAAUGUCAAAUGAUGCUUUGUUCAGUAUCCUUUCGAACUGAAGACAGAACUCUGAAUCUUCAGAAAAUAACGUUGGUCUUAGAUUAGACCGUAGGCCUCUAGGUAUGAUUCCGCCAGAGUGUCCAUAUGUAAUUCCAAUGAUAUGGAUAUUUUGUGGGUUCUUUCUAAUGAUUUCACGGAUACCCUUGGAUUGGUACUGGAAAGAAAUUCAUUAGAAGCUGUAAUGGUUGAUGUAAUUCUUCUAGCGUCUUUCUCUGAAAACGAAAAAACUCCACUAUUGUCACGUUGUGAGCUUGUACUUAAUAACGACAUUGAGGAAAAUAGGUAUGCCAGUGGUGGUGCACGUGAGACGAUGAUGGAGAAUAAUUCAAUAGUAUAAUCCCAAAUAGUCACAGCACUCAGCAAUAGUCUGGCUAAUUUUAGGGUGAUCGUCACGAUUCUGUUCCUGACUCCACCUAAGGAUCCACACUUGUAAUAUAUGCAAAUAGACAGCACUCCAAAUGGUAGAUAUGCAAAUGAGUGUAUUUAUUCAGCCAGACAUGGUGGUGCACAACGAUACAACGUUUCGGGCUAGAAGAAAGACCUUCACCAGGCUGGUGUACAAAGAAGAAAAAGAAAAUAGAAGCAAAUCAAUCCAUGAUUCAAAGACAUCAUACAUAUACAGUACAGCAAAAGAAAAAUUCCUUUCCUUGACGUCCAUCUUGAGGUAUCCACCAUUGCUGGACUGGGUUUCCUUAGACUUACAUACGAAAAGUUCCAGAAGGCCAAGCCUCCAGAUCCAGUCCACAGUAAACCUGCUGUUCUCAUCACACACCCAAGUCGUAUCACCAACAACUGAUGACUGCAGGUUGUAUAAAACAACCCAUAACUGUGCAUGGCUACCCUCUCACCUACCGAUGGAGUUGUCCACUGCUGGACUCUACUGGAGCCAUUACUGGAGAAGGGACUUCAGGAGGAUCCUCUGGUUGGCUGUCCCCACCAUGCUGUGCAUCAUUAUUAUCAUCAUCCUACUGUUCCCUGCAGUCAUCCAUCAUACGCUAUUAGUGGCCAUAAAUCUGCAUUUUAUGGUACAAUUACCAUGUGAAUCUGCGCUGAUCGGUCAUAUGACCUCUGGAGAUGAUGAGAGUGGAGACUUCCUCCUUGCAUACCCCCAUGUAGUGUUUUAUUACACAUGUGGAUGAGACCAAAAAACAAGAACAAAUUCUGUUUACAAUAAUUCAUACUCACAGAUCUGCCAUUUCCUUCUGUGGAAAAA